AUCACAUUAAAAAAAAUGGUGAAGGCUGUCGCAGUUCUUAAAAGCAAUGAGGGCGUCACUGGAACUAUCUACUUCGUUCAGGAAGGAGAUGGGCCAACAACUGUAACCGGAAACCUUGGAGGCCUGAAGCCUGGGCUCCAUGGCUUCCAUGUCCAUGCCCUUGGCGACACCACAAAUGGUUGCUUGUCAACUGGUCCACAUUUUAAUCCUGCUGGCAAGGAGCAUGGUGCACCUGAAGAUGAGAACCGUCAUGCUGGUGAUCUAGGAAAUGUUAAUGUUGGUGAUGAUGGAACUGUGAGCUUCAAUAUUACUGACAAUCAGAUUCCUCUCAGUGGACCAAACUCCAUCAUUGGACGGGCUGUUGUUGUUCAUGGGGAUCCUGAUGAUCUGGGGAAAGGGGGCCACGAACUUAGUAAAACAACUGGAAAUGCUGGUGGUCGAGUGGCUUGUGGUAUUAUUGGUUUGCAGGGAUGAAUCACCACACUCUCAAACCUCAGCGACAUCAAGUUGAGUAUAUGCGUGAUCACAUGGAGAAGCUUUAAACUCCUCGGAAUAAAUUGUAACCUCUCAUGGGUGUUAUCUGUGAUCCUGUGUGUUUGUUUUGUGACUCUCUGCUAUGUAGCACUCCAGUUCUUUAUGGCACUGACUAUUGACUGAAUUAUCUGGUGUAGUUCGUUAUUUUGUUUCUGUUUUAUCAUUGUGAUCUUGACAAAUCGAGCCACUUUUUGUGGUUGGUUUAGAUUAGAUUCUUUUUGGUUGAAUAUCUGGAUAAUACUGACCAUCAACACUGGUUGAGUAGUUAGAAUCAUAGGAGGUUAGUGGUGAAAGAUUAUGACCAUCCUUUUAGGAUUCAGCUGGCAUGCUGCUUUAGGUUUAUAGGAUAACUACAUUAUAAAAUUAGCACUUGCUUGGUGCG